AUGUCUUUUGCGUCACGGCUUGGUGCUCUAACGCGUGAGCUGGUCGAGGUGCUGGCGCCCCCGUCCGUCCAAACAGACCCCUCAAGGCUGGAGAAAAUCACCGAUGCUGCGUUGAAAAACUUGAAAUCUCAUACUUUUCUGCAAACCAAUCAUUUUGAAGUAGAAAAGGUCUUAGCUGGUCUUGAUGAGCGGUUCCGCAUCAACUGUCGGGAUGACCUGGCGGAUGCUUUACAACACCGCUUGGUGAAACUUUCAAGCCAUCCAUCGAAAUGGCAUCCUGAAAUCCUGCACCUUUUCUUGGAACUAUCUGAUCAACCGACGUUUAAAUCCAAACUCGGCGAUUUGAAGCUGUUGGGACGCAGUGAGGCCAUACCCAUAACAGCCUUGCGCUGGGAGGAUAUCGCAAAGGAAGACGGCUGGGAUGAUGAUGGUCUCCUCUGGCAGAACAUCAAUUACAGCGACGAUUCUGAAGAUGACAGCUAUGAGCAGCAGUUCACUUCCGAGCCCGAGGUCACCUCGCUGCACAGCGAUGAAGACUCUGCGGUACGCACAGCACCGUCUUACAUAUCGCACCCUGAAGAAUCAACUACAUUUGAACGGAUACAGACUGCGCAGAGGUGGAGGAUGCAGCCUCCAUCUGGGGACAUGUCAAGACAUACACGGAAGGUUCCUGUUUCUGAAAUCGUAGUUGUACGGGACGUCCUGUUCAUGCUCCAAGGACUCGACUGCACCCUCUUCACUCGAAAUUGCGCGGCGGUCCCAUCUUUUCAGCUGGAUGGCAUGGAGUGGGAGCCGUACAGAGCCAUGAUGCAGAGUUUCACCGAUUUUGGCGGCCGCCUUCGAACGCUUCGAAUGUUUGCGGGCCAGCGACAAGACGUUCCUCACUUGCAGGCGUUUCAGGAUUGCAUCUCUGAUCGACUUCGCAAACUUGAUCAUUACAUAUCGGAGCUGCAAACCAGUCUGGUAGCACCCUCAUCAGAUGUCGUGCUGAGCCUUGUCGGCACCAAAACGAAGCUGAUACCGUGGCUGCAACCACUACAUGCCCUGGCUAAUAUUGUGUCAACGAUCGAGGCCGAGCCGCAAUCCACACCAUUCCGAUACUUGGAGUUGGUGUUCGACGAGGUCUGCGUCGCGCAGCUCAGCGGAAAGGCAGAAUUGUACAAUUUUCUGGCGCGCAUUUUUGCCGAAUGCUUCAGGGUUUAUCUGCGGCCGAUCCGUCUUUGGAUGGACGAAGGCAAGCUUCUUUCAGCCAGUGACCUGUUCUUCGUGGCAGAGGUGUCUGCCAGCACCCCGUUGGGGAAGACAUGGCAAGAUCGAUACCGUUUGCGCGAGACGCCAGACGGAACGUUGCACGCACCCGCUUUUCUUCGAACGGCCAUAGGCAACAUCUACAACGCCGGAAAGAAUAUUAUUGUUCUGAAAUUGCUGGGGAAAUACGACACGGCAGUCUCCUGGAAAGCCAGAAACGAACCGCCUCUCGACUACGAGUCGAUGUGUCCGGCCGGGCAAGAACUUGUCCCAUUCGCCGAGUUAUUCGACACGGCAUUCGACCGCUGGAUUCAAAGCAAGUACCAUGCAACGUCGACUACCCUCAAAAGAAUACUUUUCGACGACUGGGCACUCCCCGCAACCCUCGACACUCUUCACGGCAUUUACCUCAUGUCUGACGGCUCAGCAUCAUCCACCUUUUGCGCCAGCAUAUUCGCUAAGCUCGACUCGCCGCAAGCAGACUGGCCAGACCGGUACGCCCUCACGGCCGCGGCCCAAGAUAGCUUCACCACCACGGACCCUGGCCGCCUGACUGUCGCCGUGUCUGCGGACAUGCACAACCUGCCCCCUUUCCAACGCCGCAACUCAGUCCGCACCGUCCUCAGCGGCAUAACUGUCAACUACCGCCUUCCCUGGCCCCUACAGCUGAUCUUCAACGACGCCAGCAUGCAGCACUACCAAUCCGUCUUCACCCUUUUGCUGCAAUUCAAACGAGCCACACAAGCGCUUCAGCCUCCUAGAAUACGAGACGGCUACUGGGCCGACCAGGGGAACCGGAGUGUCAGCGCCACAUUCUACUCUGCCCGCAGCAAACUCGUCUGGUUCUGCACCACCAUCCAAACAUACCUCACCACUCUUGUCCUCAUCCCCAUCGACACGCAGCUACGUCAUGACCUCGCGGCGUCCCACGACAUUGACAACCUUGUCUCCGCGCAUGAGAAAGCCCUCAAGGCAAUGGCCGACCAGGCCUGUCUGGGGAGUAGAUUGACACCCAUUAGAGAAAGUAUUCUCGACGUGCUUGAUCUCGCCCUGAAACUAGAACGAGUAAGAAGCGGUGGCGUUGACAGGGAGGAACAAGUCCACGUCAGCAAAUCGUACGAAACCACGUUGACGGACAUUAGAGUAGAGGUAGAUAGACAAGUCCGCUUCAUAUGGUCCGGCCUGCGGAGUGUUGCGCGCGCCACGAGCGACGCGCAGUCCGCCAAAUGGGAUAUCCUGGCAGACAUGCUCCAGGCCGGCGACACGACACGAGACUCUACUGUCCCUGUGGCUCCCCUCGCCCCCCUCGUCUUGUCAAGGCCAUCCGCCCCUAAGCCUGUCCGCGAAAAACUUCAUCAAGGGAAAAACCUCGCCCCUAUCCCUCGGCAUCCGCACCUCGCCCGCUCCCCACCUGACAACGUGCACAUUCGUAAAGUCCCGCCUGAUGGCAUCCUCCGUAUCCCCAGGGACCUGGCACACCAGCACGGGCGUAUCGCUCCUCACCCUCGCGUCCUGGGUCGACACCAUGCUCCCCGGCAGGCCGCCGCCGAUGGAAACGACGCCCUUGAACGCCCUGCCCGCUCCCCCGGACGCAGGAACCUCCACGACUCGCUCGGCAGCCAGCUGCGCGGCCAUGCCCAGGGCCAACGACCCGCCCUGCCCGAAGCCAAACAGCAGCACGUCGCUCAUCUCCCAGCCGCACUUUCCAACCAGCACACCCUUUAUCAGUCCCUCCGCCACGAGCGCCGAGGCCCUGGUGAAGCCCGGGUCGGGAUCCAACUCCCCCGUGCUCGGGUCCAGCACGACGUCGUCGCCCCAGUGAAAACGCCCCGUCGACGAGGGCGCGUCGUCGACGAGGGACGGCGGCAGCGGACUUGUGCCGCGGACAGAUAUGGCCAGCACGCCGGGGAGGUUGAGGCUGCGGGCGAAGCUGGCGAAGGGGGUCUCGGAAUCGCCCAGGCCGUGGAAGAGGACCAGGAAGGCGGCGGUUGA